GCUACUGCUGCUACUACUCGCACCAUCAUGCUGGCGUUGUUGUCUCGGCUGCUGGACUGGUUCCGGUCGCUGUUCUGGAAGGAGGAGAUGGAGCUGACGCUGGUGGGGCUGCAGUACUCCGGGAAGACCACCUUCGUCAACGUCAUCGCGUCAGGUCAGUUCAGUGAAGAUAUGAUUCCUACAGUGGGCUUCAACAUGCGGAAGGUUACCAAGGGUAACGUCACAAUAAAGAUCUGGGAUAUAGGGGGACAGCCACGAUUCCGAAGUAUGUGGGAGCGCUAUUGCAGAGGAGUAAAUGCUAUUGUGUAUAUGGUAGAUGCUGCAGAUCGUGAAAAAAUAGAAGCAUCUAGGAAUGAGCUGCACAAUCUACUAGACAAACCGCAAUUACAAGGAAUUCCUGUUUUAGUACUUGGAAACAAAAGGGACCUCCCUAAUGCUUUGGAUGAGAAGCAACUUAUUGAAAAAAUGAACUUGGCUGCUAUUCAAGACAGAGAAAUCUGUUGCUACUCCAUUUCUUGCAAGGAAAAGGACAACAUAGAUAUCACACUUCAGUGGCUUAUUCAGCAUUCAAAAUCUAGAAGAAGCUGAAAAAUCUAGAAGAAGCUGAAAAACUUACAGAUAAUUCCCCAGUUGGCCAUAUUCUCAAUUGUCUACUCCCUCCAUGAUGAAAUAUUAUCUAGGAUAGUUCUCCUGUAUCCAAGGAAUUGCCUUUUUUCACAGUUCAUGCCUCCAUGUGCACUGCUGAAUGACUUAUAUUCCUACUUCUGUCAAAAAAAUGGAUAGCGUUGUCAUGAGUUGUGCAAAUGUUUUUAUUAAGUUCAUCUCGAAACAGUGGCAGCGGGUGCCCCCUCUCCAUGAAAGUUACUAUUAAAUCAAAGAGUGUCUGCUCUAAACUUCCUGAGCCAGGUUUUUAUAUUUGAUUUUCAGAAAGCUAAUUUAAUUCUUGUAUUUAGUGGCUCUUUGGAAGAAGCUGACACAGGGCAGCAUGAGGGUAUGGGCACUGUGUGUUGUACUUAUAAAGCUUUUCAAACACUGUUUAAAUGGGAUACUAACUUUUCUCUCAGAUGCAUGUGAUGUGUAGUGUAAAAAAUGGUUUGCAAUGGAAAGUAUCAGGCACUAUAGAUAUUAAAUCACUAAAUUAUCCUGAUUUCUCAAGUUAUAUUCACCCAGUGAAUUAGAAAAUGUCAGUUGUCAACUUUUUUGUAUCUGUGCAGGCCGUUGCUAAGGAGUUUAUAUAUGCUAAUGUUCUUCAGGGGAAGUAGGGAACCAAGAGUACUUCAAAAUAUUGCUUUCAAGAGUUUUAAAUACACAAGCAGGGAAAAAGUGAAAUAACCCAAGACUAGACAAGCAGUCAUACCAUGUUCCUUAAAUGCUUUGCAACGUUUGUAUGGCUGGCAUGACACUCCGGUGUCACACUGACCUCUGGCACAAAAAAAUUACUUUCCGACUUGUCCUUCUGCUGAUUGAAUAGUUGUGCACAGUUGCAUUUGGUGCUAGAAAAUGCCUAGGCUAUUGUGACAACUCUAGGCUCGCCUGCUUUUCUCAAUGUGAUAUCAUGUAGAAAAUCCACAGACUAUGAAAUGUUAAAACUGUGUCUUGAAGCACAAGAUAAUCAAUGAACUGAUUGUGUUUCUUGGUCAGCUUUUACAGCAUAGAGGUAUGUGAACUAUAAAAAAGACAACCCUGUAACACUACUUUUGUAGCUUUACCUUCUCGGCAGUGUCAAUAUCUUAAAGGGACAGACUUAAUGAGGCUGGUUUUGUUUAUACAAAUAAUGUUAAUGUUGUCCGCUGUACUCAUACAAAUAUACCGUAUAGCUGCUUGCCUCAAACUGGGUUGUUUAUUUUUUUAGGCAAUCAUCUGCAUGUACUUUGAGGCUACAUUUUUUUAGUCUUUGUACUCAUUUGGUACAUUUAGGGGCUUGUUCAUAUACAUACGAUCUAGUAUGAAAUUGUCUCUUGAAGAUGAGCAUUACUUACCAGAGUCGGAAUCAUGCAACCCUGCAGAUGUAGUUGGACUGCAGCUCCCAACAUUCAUCACCCUAUUUAUUCUUACUUAAACCUGCUGGGAGUUACAGUCAGACAUAAUCUGGGGGCUGCUUCAUUCUCAUUCUUAUACUCGACUUAACACUGCUGUACAGUUUUGUUCGCUAUCCUCUAAGUAUUCUUCUUCUAGUCUUACACAGAAGGUCUAAUGUUGAGGUUCUCUGCAAAACAAAGAGUCAUGCCUUUACAAAAUGGUGCAUGGAGUAUUUUGUAAAAAUGUGAACCAGUUCUGUUUGGGAAAAGCAAAGCAGGAUACUACUGCUGCUGCUGAAGGCCUUGCCCAGUGGAACACAUUUAAAGCGUUGCAGAUAUAAUGUGUGAGACUUGUACAGUGAGCUAUUGGACCAAGUUACCAACGUGCCCCAGGACAGCUGAUUUUGAUUUAAAUACUGCCAUGGCCUUACAAUUCCCCUAUAAAGUAUUGCAUUCUUGCACAGACAUGAGUGUGGCCUCCAUUUACAAAUUGAGCUUGCGAUUUUAAUUUAUCCUGUCUUGGUGCUGUAGAGACGGUUCAGUGACUUGCUGUAGUAGUUGUAGUUCAUUUUGGGCAGCUACACUUAACUAGAGCAUUUCUGCCUGUGCCUCAAAAGGAAAUGAAGGAAGCUGAGCCGGGAUGUCUUUACUUUUCCUGUGGGAACCAAAUUACGGUUUAGGUGACCGGCUUGUUGUGUAAUUUAAUGUACUGAAGGUUUUUUGUGUAUACUUCAUAGCUUUCAGCAUUUUGACAUCCAAAAAACCACUACCAACUUUUUAAUCUGUGCAUUAAUCUUGGCAUGUGAAAAACUUAUACAUUUACCAAAAUUUGUAAAUAUGUGAUUUUUUUUAUUUAGGUGGAUUGCAUUUUGUUGGUUUACUGCUGAUUAGCUUAUCCAAUAAACUUAAGUUUUCAGAGUCA